AAGAGUCUCUAUCUGUGACUUUAUUCUUGUUUGCUGAGCCAUAGAUGAUGACUCAUACAACAAAAAAAGGUAGAAUCAAUCACCUACCAAUGCCAUAUCAACCUUUUUAAAUACAUGUGGAAUACAGAAUUAUAUGAACCUGAGAAAAUUCUUUCUUAAUCUCUGCCAGACGUGAACAUUCUGCACAACUUGACCCAAUAAAGCAAUUUCAUUGACCGAAGUGAAUUGUAUCUGUAGCCAAUUAUUGAAUAUGAUGAAAAACCCGAUUGCAGAGACUGUUAUUGGAAUUCCAGUAAGCUCAGUUCAGGGGUCAUCAAAAGGAUACUUCUUGUUGCCUGGGCCUGCUGCUAGCCAACAUCAUAUGCACCCUCCUGCAACUGAACCUCCCACAUGGAAACAAAGUACAGCAGAUACAGUGAUUAACAUGAUGCAUAAACUUGCAAAGAAAGCAGACAAUUUAGCACUUGGAGUUCGGGAUCAUGUGAGAUUGGGGCCCAAGAUAACUGAAACUGUGAAGGGAAAGUUGAGCUUGGGAGCGAAAGUUAUUCAAGUAGGUGGAGUGGAUAAAAUCUUCAAACACUUAUUUAGUGUUAGAGAAGGAGAAAAACUAUUGAAGGCUUCCCAAUGUUACAUAUCAACCACAACCGGUCCUAUAGCAGGACUCCUCUUUGUCUCCACCGACAAGGUUGCCUUUUGCAGUGAGAGAUCUAUCAAAAUCUCGUCCCAAAGAGGAGAAUUAAUUAGAGCCCAUUACAAGGUAAUGAUCCCACUUAAGAAGAUAAAGAGAGUGGAACAAAGUGAGAAUGUAAAGAAGCCUUCACAAAAGUACAUAGAAAUAUUAACUGUGGACAACUUUGAAUUCUGGUUCAUGGGUUUCUUAAAUUAUCAGAAAGCUUUGAAAUUUCUUCAGCAGGCAAUCUCUCAAGCUUAGAGAAAUUACAUGUCACUCAUUAAGUUCCUCAAACACAAAUGUUUCUACCUCUGAAGUAAUUGUAUUUACAAAAAUUAAGAAACAGUCAAAUUAAUUAUAGAAACCGUAUAUACCUCAAUUAAUGAUAAGAUGGUCAUAAUUAUAGUU